AGUGACGUCUCGCGCGCCUCGAAGAAAGAAGCCAACCGACCUUUUUUCCUUGACCAUUUUCGACAUUGCCGCUGCAAGAACAUUUAACGGGUCGCCUGUUUCCACAGUCGCAGCGUCUGCCACACCGCAGGAUCAGAAAAAAAAAGAGGGAAGAAAAACAUUGGGGAGCCUUAAUCCUUUCUUCCUUCUUCUUCUCUCGCGCUCUCUCUCUGUGGAAAGAAAGUCCUCGCAAAUUCCCGCGCUGCAUGACUCGACUUGGCUUCGUCUCCGAUCCGUACGACGCAUUAUACUACAGACACGACGCAUUUGUCGGGCCGACUGACGACUCACGAACACGUAGUAGUAGCUUCAACCUCCAUCUUCCCUGCCGCUUAACGCUUGCGGAGAUAUCUCGUGUUUCCCGUCCAGCAUACCACGACCACGACCACAACCACAACCACAACCACAACCGCAACCACAGCCUCUAGCUCCAGAAGUGUUUCCACGGCUUCGACAGUCGUUGGACUAACAUCAUCUCCCGCCAUGGUUGCUUCCGAGCUGUCGCAGGCGGCGCGCGCUGAGAAGGCCGACCCCCAGUCGUCGCAGCGGGCAGCCCAGCAUAAUGAACAAGUGCCGGCACCGCCUUUGGUGAACCGUGUCGGCCAGAGCAAGAGCCCCUACGUGCGGAGCCACGCCGAGGGCCGCGUCGCCUGGCAGCUGCUCGACGACGAGGCCAUCGAGAGGGCCAGAAAGGAGAACAAGCUGAUCUUCCUGCACAUCGGCUUCAAAGCCUGCCACUAUUCGCGACUUACAUCCACCGAGUGCUUCACACACCGAGAAUGCGCCACCAUUCUGAACGAGUCGUUCAUCCCCGUCAUCGUCGACCGCGAGGAGCGUCCGGAGCUCGACACCAUCUACAUGAACUACGUGCAGGCCGUCAGCGGAUCCGGCGGCUGGCCCUUGAACCUCUUCCUGACCCCCGACCUCGAACCCGUCUUCGGCGGCACAUACUACCCGGCCCCGGGCCCGAACAGCGGCGGCUCUGACGACGAGGAGCGUCUGGACUUCUUGGCCAUUCUGCGCAAGCUGCAGAAGGUCUGGAGGGAGCAGGAGGGCCGGUGCAGGCAGGAGGCUAGGGAGGUUGUGGUUAAGCUCCACGACUUCGCAGCCGAGGGCACUCUCGGGACCGCCACGGUCCAGCCAGGCGUCGCUGGCUCCCAGAUCUCGGCAAUUGGCAGAUCCGAGACGGGGCUAGAGCUUCCCGGGACCGGCAGGACGGCUGCUGCGGUGUCGAGCGAGCUCGACCUGGACCAGCUGGAGGAGGCCUACACGCACAUCGCCGGGACCUUCGACCCCGUCUACGGCGGAUUCGGCCUGGCUCCCAAGUUCCCGACCCCGCCGAAGCUGUCUUUCCUCCUGCGGCUGCCACGCUAUCUCGCGCCGGUCCAAGAUGUGGUGGGCGAGACGGAAUGCGCGCACGCCACCGAGAUGGCGCUCUUCACACUGCGCAAGAUCCGGGACAGCAGCUUGCGCGACCAUGUUGGAGGCUGCGGAUUCGCGCGAUACUCCGUCACGGCGGACUGGAGCGUCCCUCGCUUCGAGAAGCUCGUCGCACAGAACGCGCUGCUCCUGGGUCUCUACCUGGACGCAUGGCUGAUUGCUACCGGCGGCGAGAAGGACGCAGAGUUCUUCGACGUCGUGGUGGAGCUGGUCGACUACCUCACCAGUGCCCCGAUCAGCCUACCCGAGGGCGGUUACGUCUCGAGCGAGGCCGCGGACUCGUACUACCGGCGCGGCGACAGGCACAUGCGAGAGGGCGCCUACAACCUGUGGACACGGAGGGAGUUCGACACGGUGAUCGGGGACGAUCAUGAGGCCGCGCUGGCUGCGUCAUACUGGAACGUUCUCGAGCACGGCAACGUCGAGCCCGACCAGGACCCCAAUGACGAGUUUAUGAACGAGAACAUCCUGCGCGUCGUGAAGGAUGUGUCGGAGAUUGGGCGGCAGGCCGGUAUCUCGGUGGACGAAGUUAAGCGAGUGGUGUCGUCAGCAAAGCAGAAGCUCAAGGCGCACAGGGAGAAGGAGCGUGUGCGGCCCGAGGUCGACACCAAGCUGAUCGUGGGACGCAAUGGCCUGGUGAUAUCAGCCCUCGCGAGAGCCGGGCUGGCCUUGGCAACCGUUGAUGCGACGAGGAGCCAGGCGGCCAUUGCGUCCGCGAGCAGGGCCGCCGAGUUCAUCAGGACCAACCUCUGGGAUGAGACGGACAGGAUCCUUUACAGGAUAUGGAACGACGGCCGCGGCGACACCAAGGGCCUGGCGGAAGACUACGCUUACCUCAUCGAGGGACUCAUUAGUCUCUACGAGGCGACCGCGGAUGAGAAAUGGAUAGGAUUCGCUGAUGAGCUCCAGAAGGCCCAAAUCGACAUCUUUUACGACAGCCCCUCGGCCGCCGAACCCGCCGCGUCCCGGUCUAACUGCGGCGCUUUUUACACGACGGCCGAGACGGCGCCGCACACCAUCCUCCGCCUCAAGGACGGCAUGGACACGGCGCUCCCCUCGACCAACGCCGUCUCCGUCUCGAACCUGUUCCGCCUCGGCGUCUUGCUCAGCGACGAGACGUACACGGCCGUCGCGCGCGAGUCCAUCAACGCCUUCGAGGCCGAGAUCCUGCAGUACCCCUGGCUGUUCCCGGGCCUGCUGUCGGGCGUGGUCACGGCCCGCCUGGGCGGCGUGACAUGGGUCAUCGUCCGCGACGGCGGUGGGGGCGACGACGCGCUGACGCAGAGGCUGCUGCGCAAGCUGAGCCUCGAGGCGAGGGGCGGACUGCGGAACGUUAUCCUUCUCAAGAGCGGCGGGGACGACAUGCUGGCGAGGCGAAGUCCCGUGCUGAGCGAGCUGGCGCGGACGCCCGGCACGUAUUGCCUCGAGAACGGCGUCUACCGCCCCAUCACGGAUGCGGAUGCGGCGUGAGCGGGGCCCGGUGUAGGAGCCGGGGCCGGGAGGGCCAAAAAAGCUAGGGGUUGUUUCCGUAGAGCUUUGAAUGCGAAAUGUUUUGUGUGGGCAGUUGGGUGGGAAAAGAGGGAAGGGGAGGCUUUUUUUCUUCCCUUUCUUACAAUUUUAUGGCGGGCGUAAGUACCCAAAUGCUUCGGAAAAAAAGACGCGAUUUUGUUAUAAAACGUUGGACCCCUCCGUCCCGUGACUUAACUUGAGUGGUUUCCAACCUACGAUCGGCCCUCACAGUCUUCUAAGUUUUGCAGACACCGCCUACGAUGUAUGCGUGUCUCGUUAGGGGCCACUUGACUCACUCAAAACGCUUCCCGAGCUGUGCCUCGCGAUUAUUCGUUUUGUGACUGUGGACUUCU